AUGGCUCCUAAGCAUCUCUUUCUUGCCUCCUUUCUUCUUUUGUCAUUACUACUUGUUGCUUCUGCAAGCGACUACUACACCCCUUCAACCUUAUACAAGUCUCCGACUUAUUCACCAUCCCCAAUUUACAAGUCACCAUACCACUCUCCAUCUCUAAUAUACAAGACACCUUACUACUCGCCAACACCAGUCUACAAAUCCCCCUACUAUUCUCCAUCACCAGUCUACAGGUCCCCAUACUACUCUCCAUCACCGGUUUACAAGUCUCCUUACUACUCUCCUUCACCGGUUUACAAGUCACCUUACUACUCCCCUUCACCGGUUUACAAGUCUGCACAUUACACCCCAGCUCCACUUUAUAAGACUUCAUACUACUCUCCAACCCCUGUCCACAAGUAUCCAUACUACUCUCCAUCACCUGUUUACAAGAAGCCAAUGUACACACCUGCGUAUAACAAGAAGCCUGAAUACACCUCAUCGCCAGCUUACUACAAGAAGCCUAAAUACAACCCAUCAACAGCAUACUAUAAGAAGCCCGAAUACACUCCAUCACCGGCAUAUUAUAAAAAACCUGAAUACACCCCUACACCAACAUACUACAUGAAGCCUGAAUACACUCCAUCACCAGUUUACUACAAGAAACUUGAAUACAACCCAACACCAGCAUAUUACAAGAAGUCUGAAUACACCCCAUCACCUGCUUACUACAAGAAGCCUGAAUACACCCCAUCACCAACAUAUUAUAAGAAGCCUAAAUACACUUCAUCACCAGCUUACUAUAAGAAGUCUGAAUACACCCCAUCACCUGCCUACUACAAGAAGCAUGAAUACACCCCAUCACCAACAUACUACAACAAGCUUGAAUAUACUCCAUCACCACCUUACUACAAUAAACCUGAAUAUACCUCAACACCAGCUUACUACAAGAAGCCUGAAUACACCCCAUCACCAGCAUACUACAAAAAGCCUGAAUACGUCCCAUCACCAACAUACUAUAAGAAGCCUGAAUAUACCCCAUCACCAGCAUAUUACAAAAAGCCUGAAUAUAUCCCAUCACCAACAUACUAUAAAAAGCCCGAGUACAUUCUACCACCAACAUAUUACUAGAAACCUGAAUACAUUCCACCAACGAAUUACAAGAAGCCUUACUCUUACUAAUUUAUU